AUGUACAAGUUGUGCGGCUGGAAUGCUGAAUGGGAAAGGAUAGCCCUUGACGUUGCGGGGCCGUUUCCGGAAAGUGAUAGCGGUAACAAAUAUUUCAUGAAAGUGAUGGAUUACUUCACUAAGUGGUCAGAAGUGUUCGCCAUUCGAAAUCAAGAAGCUUCAACAGUUGCAGAUGAACUAGUUCAUGAAGCCUUUUGUCGUUUUGGAGUACCUUUAGAAAAAAAGUUUUGA